UCAAGUCAACACUCGCAGCUUGGAUCGUUUAUAAGACAUUUUGUUGAGUAACAUCCUUCAAGUGCAAGAUGUCGAUCCCAGAGGAUAUGGAGAUGGAGAAGAUCGCAGAAGAUGAGCUGUCCAAGCUGCAGAGACAGUUCCGCGUGAUGGAAAUAGACCGUAUGUCUGUGAUGACGAGCGUGCAGCCGACGCUCCGAGUACAAAGGAACAUGAUCCGCACCCUGAACAACGACCUGGACAAGAUCAUGCUGGAGCUGAAGCUAACAAAAAGCACCUCCAAUGUGAUGGAGAGCGCCAAGGCCCGUGACAAGUUGGUCUCACUUCUGAAAGAUCACGAGCGCUGUUCUUCCGAAGUCCGUGAGCAUCGCAGCACCAUUCAUGAGCUGAACUUCCUUCUCAAGCAAGUGCAGAAGGAGAUAAAAGCGCUAAGGACCAAAGGCAGUGGUGCUGAAGAGGAAUACGCCAAGUCCCUAACGGACCAGACCAUGAUCAGUCAGCUGGAGAACCGGCUGAGCACCGCCAUGAAGCGCUAUAACACAGUCAACAGCGAGAACUACAAGAUGAGACUAGAGAUCGACCGGCUUCUUAGAGACAGGCAGUCAUUCAACGGCGUAUGGAAGACCCAGAUCAAGCGUCUUCUAGACGGGAAGGCUGCUAUUUUGGAGCUAGUGGAACAGGCUAUUGCAGCAUAUGAUCAGAGGGAGGAAUGGUGUUCGAAGCUUGAUGGCAUGAAGGAACGUGCGGCUAUUGACUAUAGGAAACAUUGUCUCGAAGUUCGCGAACUGCAAAGGCAGCUGGAUCACAGCAUGAAGCUCGAAGAGUUCCUUCGGACCAAGGGCACAGUCAGACUGACGGCGGCAGACGCGAAGGCGGAGGCCAAGCGGCUUGAGCAACAAGAAGAAGAGAUGAGGACCUAUAACAACUAUGUGAACAUCUUGGAUGCUAUACGGGAGUUUGCAGGGGAAGAUGACGUAGACAAACUUAUCCUAGAGUUCAACAGACGAGAAGAAGAGAACUACGCGCUGUUCAACUACAUCAACGAGGUCAACACAGAGCUGAAGAACCUUCAUGACAACGUGCGAUCACUCAGGACAACCAUAGACGAUGAGCAUGCCAAGCACCAAGCCAAGCUAUCCAAGCAGCAGGACAGCAUCGAAUCCCUGCGUACAACGUUAGACGAGAAAAGACAAGCUACUGCGAAGCUGAGAGAAGAAUAUGCUCGCAGUGAUGCGGUGCUGAACAGUUUGUUGCAGCAAAUACAGCAGUUGGCGCAGUGAGUACAUCUACUACUACUCCUGGGUGAUUUUGGGGUCGAGAUACGUAUUGAGAUUAUCAUACUCAACAAGGUUUCCCAUGGGACUAACGACAAAAUCGCGAAAAGAAUAUAAUGGACACCUUGAGAGCUCACCCAACGUUACGUAGACGAAACGUAUGGUCAAAAAAAACCAUUUUCAUAUCGGUCCCGUGGGAAACCUUGUUCAGUAUGACCAUCUCAAUACAUUUUUGACAUUCGGGAUCACGACCCCGAAAUCACUCAAUAUAGGGACCGUGCGCGUUGGAGGGUCUGCCUUCUUGUGGCCUGAAUUGGAACCAUAAACAUGCAGAUGUACACGUCACGUGUUUUCUUGUGCAUAGUAGGUUCUGCCAUCUUGUGGGCUACAUCGGAACAAAAAACAUCACAUUUACGCCUCGCGCCAAAAAUCUGACGGCUCCUGUGCUGCCUCCUACAGUUCAUGCACGCUCCCUAUAUCUACAGUAUAUGUCCGUUUUGUGUUUGUUUGUGUACC